AUGGACACGCGUUACUUCGGCGAGCUGCUGGCCGACGUCUACAGGAAGAACUGCGACAUCCACUCCUGCAUCUCGAGCACGUGUCCAAGAUCCGAGGAAGAGGAGGAGGAGGAGGAGGAGGAGGAGGAGACGGUGGAGGUGGAAGAGGUGGAGAUCGUCAACGUCAUACAGCAGAAGCCGAUAGAAAAGAUCCCCAUCAAGGAGGUGCCCCAGCCGGCGAAGAUGGACACGCGUUACUUCGGCGAGCUGCUGGCCGACGUCUACAGGAAGAACUGCGACAUCCACUCCUGCAUCUCCGAGCACGUGUCCAAGAUCCGUGGACAGAAACACAAGCUGGAUCUCAGUGACUACAAGGUGGAGAGAGAGGAGGUGGAGGCUUUGAUUCCCAAAGGAACCACUGAACUGACCAAACAACAAAUCCGCUACCUGCUGCAGACUCGUCUCACUGCUGAUAAGAGCAUGCGUCUGCUGCUGUCCACCUUCAGCAGUCUGAGAGAGGAGCUCCUCCACAUGUCCGAGGACCUGCGGCGUCUGGAGAGUGAGAAGGAGUCACUGGAGAGAGACCUGAGUUUCAAAGCAGACCAGGCCCGGCAGUAUGACAGCCUCCUGGAGGCCGUGCGAGAAAACAACAGACAGCUCCAGCUGUCUCUGAAGGAAACCUGCACAUCCCAGCGCUCCCUGGAGAGUCAGCUGCUGAGCACCCGAAACACCGACUCCAGCCGUGAGUUCAAGAUCAGAGAGCUGGAGGGAAGGAUGAGAGCGAUGGAGAAGGAGAACGAGCUGCUCCGACAGAAGCUCGCAGGCCAGAGCAGCAGCUCCACCCUGCACAUCAAGACAGAGGAGCUGUCACGUCAGUACAAAGAGCAGCUCAGCUCCAUCAGACAAGAGAAAGACCAGGAGAUACAGAGGCUGAGGACCCAGAUAACACGAGUCCAGACGGAGGUCACCGGUGACAGGUCGUCCUCAGAGAAGAGUCUCCAGCUGAGGAUCUCGGAGCUGCUCGCCACGCUGGAGCAGCGGCAGAGCACCAUCACCCGGCAGGAGGAGGAGAUCAGGAGGCUGAUGCUCGAGAAGAACGAUAGCGCCAAGAACCAAGUCACCAAGACCAUCAUCACCAAGAGGUACAGGAACCAGUACCCCAUCCUUGGCCUGCUCAGCGAUGACUACCAGGCCACUUCACCCGUCAAAGAGGCCAAGACCAUCAUCAUCGAGAAAACUGGAGAGAUGAUCAAACAGUCCAAGAGGCUUCGGCCCGCUCUCCUGGCUACACGGCCUCAGUCCUUUUCAAUGAGAACUGUUUGAGCUGUUAUGGAUCGUGAUUAAAAUCAAUAAUGUGUCUUU